AUGGGCCGGCUGACCAAGGGAGGAGUCAGCCUGCCCGUUUAUCGCUGCGCGAGGGGCUCCACCUCUCUGGAGUCCUUCCACCUCCACCUCAACCGGUUCUCCCAGACCCGAGCCAAGCACUUCCAGGCGUUCCUGGUGGAUGGACUGGUGAGGUGGAACGAGGACCGCGCAGCAGCAGCUGCAUCACCACCGGCUGCAGACGAGGGACGGCUGGGACCUCUGCACUCCUACAGUGGCCACAUCAAGCACGUCCUUAACCAGAGGAGCCAAAGAGUGCUUGGUCUUCAGAUGGUUAAGGACUUCACCGAGCCGGCUGAGUACACAGGGGAGCUCAUCGGAGUGGAGUACCUGUACCAGCAGACCGGCAAAGUGCUUGAGGACGUCAGCCUGGACCCUGACACUCCGGACGAGGCUCCUGCCAUCGAGGCGCUGGAAGAGGAUGAGGGCAUCGAGGAAGACGUAGCUGGAGGAAUACUCCAUCCUCCAGCGUGGCAGCAGCCCGGUCACGUGAUCCAGCUGACGCACCGUCUGAGCCAUCCCCUUCAGGUCAAGUUGCCCCUCCUGAGGCCCCAGAGUUUCAGGACCCUGAUCCCCAGCAGCCCUCCUCAGACUCUGAAACGGACAUCCAGGGUCCUCAUGGCCAGCCCGGGACAAGCGGCGAGUCGACUACCCUCCCAGAUACCAGGAGAGGCAACCAAAGGGGCGGUUCAAGGCAGCGAAGGGGAAGAACACCUCCUGUGCUGGAAAGGAGAUUCUCCAACGCUGCCUCCUCGGGGUCAACUCGGGGCCUUCCACUUGGCCCAGCACCAGUCGCCUGGUGGAGGCCAUUUGCACCCUCGCCUGGUGGAGGCCAUCAGAGAGGUAGUGCUGAGCACCCCGAGGCUGAUGGCUCAGACGGACAUCCAGCUCUUUGAGCUGAACCACAGGACCCUGAGCCAGUGGUUCUCUCGCAAGCAGAGGGGGUUGGUCUCGGCUGUGCUUCAGCAGGGAGCUGCCGUCAUCCCUGCAGGUGUCGCAGCCGAGCCCCUCCUUCCCGUCAAAGGGCUGUCCUUUGUUCAGGUGGGACAAGGACAGCCCUACCAGUAUGACGUGCCGGAUGAGAAGCCAGGACCCUCAUCCGGCGGCCUUCCUCCUGCUCCUCCUCCUCCGCCAGAUGGGGAGCAGCCAGGGCCUUCUGCUCCUCCAGACGAGGAAAAACCUGGACCCUCGUCCAGCGGCCUUCCUCCACUGCCCCUGGGUGUCUUCCCUGGUCCUGCCGGUCCACCUCCUCAACUUCCCAGAGAAUGUAGGACCACUGUCUGGAGGAAGAGGAAGGUGGCCGAGGCAGCGGCUGCUGCAGGUCAGGUGUUGCCACCCAAAAAUCCCCGUCAGCAGUACACCUGCUCCAAGUGUGGCCAGCCCAAAAAAUUAGAAAGUGGCCACAAUCGGCUCUACGGUGUAGCCUACUCUGCUGCUGUCGGGGGCAAUACUGUGGAGAAGUGGAGGGAGGAGGUCUCAUAG